CGGAUCGAUGCCCUCUGUGCUCCAAGUGGGCGGAAGUGAAGGCACAGCCGGUUGGGGCGACCGCGAUCCGGGAGUUCUCCGUGAGAACGGCGGGGUUUGUGUUGGCGCUGGCUGUAGUGGCGCAGGCUGGAGAUUGCUCUCUUUUACCAGAUCACCAGUUUGCUCAAAAAAGCACGAUGUCUCGAGCCCGACAACCCCCUCUUGUGACAGGAAUCUCUCCAAAUGAAGGAAUACCAUGGACAAAGGUCACCAUUAGAGGAGAAAACCUGGGGACAGGCCCAACUGACCUUAUAGGUUUGACAAUUUGUGGACAUAAUUGCCUUCUGACAGCAGAAUGGAUGUCUGCAAGUAAGAUAGUGUGUCGAGUGGGACAAGCCAAAAAUGAUAAAGGCGACAUCAUCGUCACCACCAAGUCAGGUGGCAAAGGAACCUCAACUGUCUCCUUCAAGCUCCUCAAGCCUGACAAAAUAGGUAUUCUGGAUCAGUCUGCGGUGUGGGUUGAUGAAAUGAAUUAUUACGACAUGCGCACCGACAGGAACAAAGGCAUCCCACCCCUGUCCCUCCGUCCUGCGAAUCCACUUGGCAUUGACAUUGAAAAGAGCAAAUAUCCCCAGAAGGACUUAGAAAUGCUGUUCCCAGGAAUGAGUGCCGAUUUUACAAGUGAGAAUUUUUCAGCUGCCUGGUAUCUGAUUGAGAACCACUCGACUACCAGCUUUGAACAGCUCAAAAUGGCUGUCACCAACCUGAAGAGACAGGCCAACAAGAAGAGCGAAGGCAGCCUGACCUAUGUGAAAGGGGGUCUCAGCACUUUCUUUGAGGCGCAGGAUGCCCUCUCAGCCAUCCAUCAAAAACUAGAAGCGGAUGGCACGGAAAAAGUGGAAGGAUCCAUGACGCAAAAACUGGAGAAUGUUCUGAACAGAGCGAGUACUACUGCUGACACAUUAUUUCAAGAAGUGUUAGGUCGAAAGGACAAGGCAGAUGCCACCAGAAACGCCCUCAACGUGCUCCAACGAUUUAAGUUUCUCUUCAACCUCCCUCUAAAUAUUGAAAGGAAUAUUCAGAAGGGUGAUUAUGACGUGGUUAUUAAUGAUUACGAAAAGGCCAAAUCUCUCUUUGGAAAAACGGAGGUUCAGGUUUUCAAGAAAUAUUAUGCUGAGGUCGAGACACGGAUUGAAGCUUUAAGAAAAUUACUUCUGGAUAAAUUGCUUGAGACACCAUCAACCUUACAUGACCAAAAACGUUACAUAAGGUACCUGUCGGACCUCCACGCCCCAGGUGACCCCGCAUGGCAGUGCAUAGGUGCCCAGCACAAGUGGAUCCUGCAGCUGAUGCACAGCUGCAAGGAGGGCUGUGUCCAAGACCUCAAAGGCAGUGCGGGCCUCCACAACCCCAUGCUGGAUCUCGACGGCGACAUGCGACCCUCCAUGCUGGGCCACCUCAGCCAGACGGCCUCACUCAAGAGGGGCGGCAGCUUCCAGUCUGCUCGCGACGAUGCUUGGAGACACAGAACUCCUCACCGGGUGGAAUUUGUCGAAAAAUUGACCAAGCUUGUGCUGAGUCAGCUGCCUAACUUCUGGAAACUCUGGAUCUCAUAUGUCAACGGGAGCCUAUUCAGUGAGACUGCUGAGAAGUCAGGCCAGAUUGAAAGAUCAAAGAAUGUCAGGCAAAGACAAAACGACUUUAAGAAAAUGAUUCAGGAGGUGAUGCACUGUCUGGUGAGGCUGAUCCGUGGGGCCCUGCUGCCCCACAGCAUCACUGAGGGCGGGGCACGGCUGUACGGAGGCUGGGAGGUGAAGUCUGAGCUCUCAGGCCAGUGGCUGGCUCACGUCAUACAGACUAUCAGGCUUACUUACGAAUCGUUGAGCGCCCUUGAAAUUCCUAAUGACAUGUUACAGACCAUCCAGGACCUCAUUCUGGAUCUCCGGGUCCGGUGUGUGAUGGUCACCCUUCAACGCACAGCUGAAGAAAUAAAGAGAUUAGCUGAAAAGGAAGACUGGAUCGUGGACAACGAAGGACUGACUUCUCUGCCCUGUCAGUUUGAGCAGUGUAUCGUCCAUGCUCUACAGUCACUCAAGGGAGUACUGGAGUGCAAGCCUGGGGAAGCCAGUGUCUUUCAGCAAGCUAAGACACAGGAGGAAGUUUGCCAACUGAGCAUAAAUAUCAUGCAGGUUUUUAUAUACUGUCUGGAACAGUUGAGCACCAAGCCUGAUGCAGAUAUAGAUACUACACAUCUUUCCAUAGAUGUUUCUUCUCCCGACUUGUUUGGAAGUAUUCAUGAAGACUUCACUUUAACUUCUGAACAGCGACUUUUGAUCGUCCUGAGCAAUUGCUGCUAUCUGGAACGUCACACCUUCCUCAACAUAGCAGAGCAUUUUGAAAAGCACGACUUCCAGGGCAUAGAGAAAAUAACCCAGGUCAGCAUGGCCUCACUAAAGGAAUUAGACCAAAGACUCUUUGAAAAUUACAUUGAGUUGAAAGCAGAUCCCAUCGUCGGCUCCUUAGAACCUGGCAUCUACGCGGGCUAUUUUGAUUGGAAAGACUGCCUGCCUCCAACAGGUGUUAGAAACUAUUUAAAAGAAGCACUGGUGAAUAUAAUUGCUGUACAUGCGGAGGUAUUCACUAUUUCCAAAGAGCUGGUGCCUCGGGUCCUGUCGAAGGUGGUGGAAGCAGUUUCUGAAGAGCUGAGUCGGCUGAUGCAGUGUGUCUCGUCCUUCAGCAAAAAUGGAGCGUUACAGGCGAGGCUGGAGAUCUGUGCUCUGCGGGACACCGUGGCUGUUCACCUGACGCCUGACAGCAAGUCCAGUUUUAAACAGGCUCUGGAAGCCCUGCCCCAGCUGUCCAGCGGAGCAGAUAAAAAGUUACUGGAAGAACUGCUGAACAAGUUCAAGAGCAGCAUGCACUUACAGCUCACCUGUUUCCAGGCUACUUCUUCAACCCUGAUGAAAACAUAAAUACCAAACACGGGUAGUCCAGAAAGAUGCCAAGUGAUAAAUUUGUUCACUUACUCAAGUGCCCUAAAGGUAUUUGCUAUAUAAAGCAUUAGGUUUGUAAUUUCUUUCUUGGUCUUUUUUUUUUUUUUUAACCCUGACUGAGUAGCCAAGAAAGAUGGUGUAAGCUUCAUUUUGCAUUGAAGUAUUUGAAAUGUCCAAGCGUGUUUGUCUUGCUGUUUUUAUUACACUGAGUCCUAGAAAAUAUCUUUUCAGAAAAAGCACAUACACUCACACACAUACUUUUUUUUCCCUUGGUUAACUGUUGCCCAGUGUUUUGAGAUGGCAUGUGAUGUAGACUAAGCAUUUUCCAGCGUUGCAUUUUCUAGAAUUUUGGUAGCUCCUGGGACACAUGGAGAGGUGGAUAAAAAAAGACUUGGAAAGUUCUUUCAAUGUCUGGGGAGCUUUAAAUCUCCUAUACCAUGUGCUGAAAAAUCUUAUACAAGUAGCCCCACAUCUGCCAAUUCCAGAGGACUUGUGGAACUGUGUAUCAUCUGUAUAUUUGUCGCCUACCUGUCCCUGAAUCAACGUUUUAUUUUGCUACCUGAUUUUUAUUUUUCACAAUGCUGAUCUCUCAGUCAGUACAUGCUCAGUAUAGUAUAGUUUUUUGGUCUCUGCAUUUGCUGUGUCACUCCACAUCAGUGAGUCGCCUGUCUCCAAGCCCCAUUGGUGACAUGUUUGGAGCAGGACAUUUUGGAGUUGCCAUCGGGAUCAGCUACCAUCCCCGGUGCCUCCUGAGGAGCAAACGACCCCUUACAAGGCCCAUGGCCACGGCUGGCACUCCUCCCACCAAGGUCCUGCCUUCCCUUCUGGUGGUUUCUCUCCUUUCCACCACCUCCUGCCCUUUGAAGUCUCUUGCUCAGAGGCUGAAAGAACCCGGUUCUGGUGCUAUGUGUGUUUCCUGAAGAUUCGAAGGUACUCCUGUGCUCACCGGUGGUAGGAGCUUCCGAGCCACAUGACAUUUGUCCUACAUUUGCUGCUGACUUCGUUUACCAGAAAGUUCAGGUCAGCAUGACCUCUUUCCCAGUCACUUCCCCUGCCUCACUUCAUCAUGCCCUGGCUUCAGAAAACUGAGUAACUCUCCCCUUGUAGCCUGCUCAUCAGGGUUUUCAGAUUUUCCUACACGUGUCAUAGAAUCUCCCUUCUUUUAGUUAUGCUAAAAUUAAUGUCUUUAUUAAUACAAGUAAUUUCAGGGCAGAGGCAGUGUCCAUUAUUUGAAAUAAGUCAACACCACUGAGUUUGUUCGCCUGGUGUACGAGGAGGAAAAUCAUCAUAACUGGAAGUAAAAGUUCAAUCUUCUACUAAUGUGCUUGCUAAGAAAUAUUAAGAAAUAUUCAAAAGAUCAUCUCUCCUGAGCACGUCGACCACUGUGUCUAUGGACUAAAUGACAAAAUCUCAAUCCCAAAUACUUGUAUUCUUUUUAAUAUCUACUACAGAGCGUUCAGCCAGUUCAGAAUCUGCCUGCCAUACAAUGUAUUAGUUGGGGGACAAUUUUCCCCUCUGCAGCUGUAUUUCAGCCUUUUCAUUAGUUGUCAAACUUUGUGAAUGUCUCAUUUAAACAUUUAAAAUAAAUGCCAAAAUUCAGGUUUUUCUUAUGUGUGUCCAAUCAUCG